CCACUUUCAAGUUUCAUGAUCAUCGACCUCUAACUUACCGAAUUGAGCCCUAACCGCAACUGCAAGCUUGCCGUUUAGAUUCUGAUAUUAGGAAUAAUCUCUUCUCCUUUUAGAAUUGAAAUUCUCCCAACUCCAAAAUGAUCUGAGUUCCCUGCGAUCCAUCCCCGUGUUUUGUCCAUGGCGAUCCAAUUUAAGUUCAGGAGCUCGGUGAUCUUCGACUCGGUGGAUAUCGAUGGCCGACCCUCCAUAUCAAUUGGCGAUCUUAAAUCCAAAAUUAUUCGGAUGAAGAACCUCGAUACCUGCCAAAACUUUGAUCUCGUUUUCUCCGAUGCCCGUACCGGCCAAGAUUUGGUUGACGAGAAAUUUGAAAUUCCUAGUGGUUCAUGCGUGAUCAUAAAGAGAGUUCCUGCGGGAUCAGUUCCUUCCAAUGUUGUACAUCACGACUUGUUUGGGAAAUUUCAAGUCAAAGACACUGACAUGGUUAAUUCAUCUCAUCCAGUG